AUGGAUAAUUCGCACGCGAGAGAACCAGUUACUGGUAACAUACUCAACGACGUGGCGUUUUGCACUACAAGUGUUUGCCUUUUAGCAGGGGUAGAAGAUUUCUUCAAUUUACUUAAUUACAAGAUAAAGCUAGAGAAACUCGCUCACUGUCACUUCCAGCCACCCGCUUUCUUCCUCUUCAAUCCUCAUCCAGCGAUGACUUCUCUUCUUCAUGGAAAUCCAAAUUGCAACAUUUUUUGCAGAAAUAGACCUAUUUCCUAUGUGGGUAUUUCAAGUAUUCCAUUAUUGCAUUUGGGAGCUGGAGAUUUCCAAGGGAGAUUAAUUUCACAAAGCUUUUGUAGAAGGGUCGCAUUCUUGGAAAAUCCAAGAAGAGGAUCCAGCAGCAUGAUGUCAAAGAAAAUUAACUUUAUUAUCCCUAGAAGUAGCAGCUCCUCAGACUCCAAUAACAAUGAAGAUGUUUCCUCUGAUCAAGGCAAGCAGACACCUUUUGGAUACACUAGGAAGGAUGUUUUAUUGAUUGGAAUUGGAGUUACUGUUCUUGGCAUUGGAUUGAAAAGUGGACUGGAGUUUGCUGGAGUGGAUCCUUUACAAGCAGGGAAUGUUGUUCAAUUGGUACUGGUUUUAGGCCUAACAGUCGGAUGGAUUUCAACGUAUAUCUUUAGGGUGUCAAACAAGGAAAUGACGUAUGCUCAACAACUGCGUGACUAUGAAAACAAAGUCAUGCAGAAGCGGUUAGAGGGUUUGACAGAAGCUGAGUUAGCAGCACUGCUUGAAGAAGUCGAAGAAGAGAAGAAAAUCCUAACAAGGGUUGCAGAAUGAUGGAGUUCUUGCUUUAUAGUAGGCCUGGCCGAGAGUUCCGUCCGGGCUGAAACCGGCGGUUCCGGUUUAAUGGUUCAAGGGGUCUGGGUCUAGACCGUAAGUCCCCGGGUCUAGGUCCUGAUUCAAUCCCAUAUUGAUCCAACGGUUGAAUUUUUUUUAAAAGAAAUUUUUUAUUAUUAUAAUAAAUUAUUAUAUUUAUAUUUUA